AUGUCCAUGGGAGACUGCAUAAAGCCAUACACGCAGUCCAUGCAAGCGCAGCCACAGCACAUGUUUUCUUCUUCGGGAUCGUCGACAACAUCCAACGCAAUCAGUGCUGCUGCCACCGAUCUUUCCUUUAUUGUUAUUCAUCAUCUUGUCUGCCUGUUUGUAGACUGUGUUGUCGAGGCCGAAGAACGUAUUAGGCACUCCGGCACCCUUACCUGCCUUGAGAUGGAAAGAGUCGUAGUCACCGCGCGCCUGGAGGGAGUGCUCGACGUCGGAGACAUCCCAUUGCAUCAAGUAUCUAAUAUUGAAAAGUCAGCCGUCUGGAAGGAAAAUCCGAAUGCUGCGCGUAGUGAACAAAACUCGGUCGUGGUUCCGCAGACUCCGAAUUCUGAGCAGCAGACAUUCAGAGGGCAGCCCGUCCCGGGGAUAGCAGCUUUCUUGCCGCAUUCUGCGGUGGCAUUGCAGUUCGACUGGUAA